AUGACUCGGUUCUGGGAUCAACGGCAGAGCGUCUUCACCGAAUCUCAAAAAGGCUUGCAAGCUUUAGACGAACGGCUGACGCAAAAUCUACUGUGGAAACGACAGGUUCUGAUGUCUAGGACAGCACAACACACGAAAUACGAAUCUGCUGUGACCUUUGAUCGCAGAUAUGCGGGACAUGAUAGUGGUAGUGAGGACGGUGGGGAGCAAGGACGCGAAGAUGAUGGUGCGAAGAGACGAGGGCGAAGUGGAACUCGACCACAUGGUGGAACAAGAG